AUGGCACAAGCUGCUGCCCUUGCUCGACGCCGACGAGAGGCUUCAGCCCCACUCCGACCGCUUUCUCGGUCGCUUUUUAGCCGGAGAAAUAAGCCCCCUCCCCGGUCCUUAUACCUCGAGUGUGCUUCGACACAUCGGGCAUGUUCGCGGAGAGUGCAUCAGAUCGUAUGGGAUACGCUUCCACGGAACCUCCCGCGAACGGUGUCGGGGCGGUACUUGGUUCCGGGCUUGCCGAGGGAAGUGAAGCUCACCUGCCUUCAGCUCUUGCCCGAGCUGCCCAAGAACGACACCCACCAGUUCUUGCUGCGGAUGAGGCGCGGGAAUAAGCAGAGUUGGAGGACGAUCGUUAACACGUUCUACGAGCUCGAAGGGGAGUUUGUGGACCAUUUUGAGAGUGUUAACGGGACGCUCAGAACAAUCGGGCCUCUGCUCCCGCCCAAGGCUUUCGAGGAUGGGCAUGUUGAAGGCAAAAGAAUCGCCCCCGCGGUGGAAUUGGGGACGAGCACGGAUGGAGAAAAGUGUAUGCAAUGGCUGGAGGCGCAGGCGGAGGAAUGUGUGCUUUAUAUUUCCUUCGGUAGCGAGAAUUCCAUCUCGAGAGGGCAGAUGGAGAAACUCGCUCUUGGGUUGGAGGCGAGCGGGGUGAAGUUUGUGUGGGUUCUGCGCACGCUCUCUGACGCAGCUCAGAAUUCCUUAACUUCCCUGUUAGACUUUCUCCCAGUGGAGUCGCACGGUCGCAUGGCGGCCAACGACCAGGGGUUCUUCGUCCUCGGGUGGGCUCCGCAGCUGGGUAUCCUGGCACACCCUGCCACCGGCGGCUUUAUUUCUCACUGCGGUUGGAAUGCGGUUCUGGAAUCCACCGCCAUGAGAGUUCCACUCUUCGCCUGGCCGCUUUACGCGGAGCAGCAUUUCAACUCCAAGUUGGUGGUAGAUGAGAUCGGUUUAGCUCUGGAAGCUCCCCAGAGAAUUGAGCAGGCUUGGUUGGUGACCAGAGAUGACGUGGAUCGAAUAGUACGGUCUCUGAUGAUGGAAGAGAAGGGCAAAGAGCUGAGAAAAAGGGUGAAAGAAUUGGCGGCGAUGGCCGAAGGUGGAUCUUCUUCUAAAAAUUUCGAUGUUUUCGUUUCAGAAAUCAUGGCAUUGUCACAGGUUUAA